AACCUAACUACAUAAAUUGAAAACCCUCUUUUUGAAAACGGAAGACGCUCCUCACUUCGCAUAGGACAGAGCUGAGAGAAAGAGCGAAACAAUGGCGGGUUACUCCUUCGGAUCUUCUGCCUCUUCUUCAACUCAAUCUUCGUCUUCCUUUUCCUUCACAAACACUUCUUCUUCUUCCUCCUCCUCUUCUCCAUUUUCAUUUGUUUCAUCCUCCGCUCCCGUGUUCUCUUUCGGAUCCUCCUCUCUCUUCACCACUCCCACAAACCCUACCACCGCUGCCUCUUCAAUUUUCACUACCGCUAGCUCUGCCUCACCCCUGUUCUCCUCUUCCACCCCCGCAACCACACCGUUCGGGACUUCUUCCUCUUCUACAUUGACCACGUCGUUUGGGGCAGCUUCCUCUUCCACUCCCACGCUGUUUGGGGCUGCUUCCUCCGGGGCGAUGACGCCGCCGCCGUUUGGAGCACCUUCCUCCCCUUCAACAACUCUGUUUGGCGCAGCCUCCCCAGCUCCAACCACUCAAUUUGGUGGAACACCCUCAGCUUCAACUCCUCUGUUUGGUGGAACACUCUCAACUUCAACUGGUGUAACGCCCUCAGCUUCGACUCCGUCGUUUGUUACUACGGCGUUUGGGGGAACUGCCUCAGCCUCGACUCCGGCAUUUGGGGAAAAUGCUUCGGCGUCGACUCCGGCGUUUGGUGGAACGUCACCAUCUUUCAUUCCGGCGUUUGGUGUAACACCCUUAGCCUCGAAUACUGAGUUUGGCGGAGUAUCAUUAGCUUCCACGGCGCCGAUAGCGUCAUCCACUUCAACGACCUUGUUUGGUGCAGCCUCCUCAGCGCCUUCAACAUCGACGACGCCCGCAUCCUCAGCCUCAACGACAUCGUUUGGAGCGUCAACUGCUUCGGCGUCGCCGUUUGGAGUGUCCUCCGCAUCGCUCUACGGAGCAACAUCAUCUUCGUUUGGCUCAACAACAUUCUCUUCCUCAACGGCAGCUUUUGGAGCAUCUUCUUCUGCCUCAUCGCUGUUUGCAGGAUCAUCCCCAGCAGCAACGACGCCGUUUGGAGCGUUGGCAGUUUCUUCAGCUUCCUCAGCCUCUGCAAGCAGCUCUCCUUUGUUCUCAGCUGUGUUUGCCACUGGACCCUCUUCGACUUCGACCUCAACGACGAUCCCAGGGUUUGCAAAGCCGUCUGCAUCAGCUACUACUACAACGGUGUCAUCUAGCUCUUCGGGACUCUCUUUCGCUUCUCAACCCUCUUUUGGAUUUCCCAAUGCUGCUUCAGCUACGGCUUCUUCUUCAGCUUCAUCGGCGGCUUCUGGCGCAUUGGCUUCAAAACCACCGGGUUCUUUUUCGUUUACCACAUCUUCGGCGCCACUGUUCUCGACUGUGACGACCACCACGACUUCUACUGUGGCUACUGGCAGCACGACCCUUUCAUCUUCUGUGCCUGCCUUUGGUGCUACUACUGCAUCUUCUGCUACACCGAGUACUUUGGCGGUUCCUGCUGCUUCUACUGGUGCAGCACCUUCUGCCAGUACAGGAUCAUCGUUUACAGGAUUUGGUGUAGGAAGCACGGCAUCCAAUGUUUCUCUUGGGACUGGGUUUUCCUUUAAGUCAUCAACGACGACAGUUUCUACCGCUACUACUUCUGCAUUUGCGGUGAGCACUACAACCUCUACUUCAGCAAUUUUGGGUUCCAGCACCAGUGCAACUCAGGCAUCAUCUGCUGUUGUUGUGGCUUCUACUACGGGAACUACUUCAGCUGUCAGCACUUCAGUUACUGCUGCACCAAAAUUGCCGUCUGAAAUCACUGGGAAGACUGUUGAAGAGAUUAUCAAGGAGUGGAAUGCUGAGUUGCAAGAGCGAACUGGAAAGUUUAGAAAACAGGCAAAUGCAAUAGCUGAAUGGGAUCGCAGGAUUUUGAACAAUCGUGAUGUUCUAUUGAGGCUUGAGAUUGAAGUGGCAAAAGUAGUCGAGACACAAUCAAAUUUGGAACGGCAAUUGGAGUUGAUAGAGACUCAUCAACAGGAGGUUGAUAAGGCUUUACAGAGUAUGGAGGAAGAAGCUGAACGUAUUUACAAGGAUGAACGGGGUUUGCUUCUUGACGAUGAAGCUGCAUCUACAAGAGAUGCAAUGUAUGAGCAAUCUGAAUUGAUUGAAAGGGAACUUGAGCAGAUGACUGAACAAAUUAAAUCGGUUAUCCAAUCCCUUAAUUCAAACCAGGGUGGAGAACUUGAUACCCUUGAUGGAAUGACUCCAUUAGAUGCAGUAGUUCGAAUUUUAAAUAAUCAACUAACUUCUCUGAUGUGGAUUGAUGAAAAGGCUGAAGAGUUUUCUUCCCGUAUUCAGAAGCUAGCUAACCAAGGUUCUGCUUCAAAUCGUGAACCGACGGGUCCAGGAAUCUGGAUGUCUUGAUAUUUCAAAUUGUACAAUAUAUCAACACUUUAAAAAUGACACCUAGAAAAGUUUUCUUUGUAUGCAGAUACUAUUUUUGUAUGAUUUUUCUUCCCAAAAUUUCGGUAUGAACUGUUUCAGAAUGGUAAUCGCCAACUUCGAAGCCUUAA